AUGCCCAACGACUCUGAACACAUCAACCCGAACUUCUUCGCGCUAGAUCCAGCAUUAUACGCGGAGUAUCCUCCAUUCGAAGCGCCGCAAGCAAGACCAACAGAAGUCCGAUCAACAGCAGCACUCCCAAUAGAAGUCCGAUCAACGGCAGCGCCAUCAACGGAAGUGUCCGCAACGGAAGUGCCAGCAACAGACGUCACAGAAACGGAAGCUCCAGAAACGGAAGUUCCAGACACGGAAGCUCCAGAAACGGAAGUGCCAGACACGGAAGCGCCAGCGACGGAAGUGCCAGCGACGGAAGUGCCAGCGACGGAGCCAGCAACGGAAGUGCCAAUCUUAUUUGCACCUUCGCCCACUGCCUCCGAGAACGACCCGGCGAAUGACCCAACAAAAUUAUCAUCUACUUCCCCCGAGGCCCAACAGCUUCCCGCGCACGAAAGCGAGUCCGAGAACAAAAAGGCUGCUGCUUCCGAAGAUAAGCUAGCCGAUAAUCCAUCAAUAUUAUCCCCAACUGCCCCCGAAAACGAUCAGCUUGCCGCCCCCGAGAUCGAGGAAGUCAGCGUCCCCGAGAGCAAGCAGCCUGCUGUACACGAAAACCCGCUAGCCGAUGUUCCAUCACCAUCACCCCCAUCGCCGACUGCCUCCGAAAACAAGCAGAUCGAUGACCCAUCACCCUUACCUCAACCAGUCCUCUCUCGACUAGCUAGUCUUCGUCAGAGGGUUGAAAAGGACCCGAUGGAUGGUGAAGCUUGGAUUGAGUUGAUUGCCGAUGCUGAUAAAAAGGGUGAUCUCGAGAAGACCCGUGAAGUGUACUCAUCCUUCCUCCAACAUUUCCCCGAUGCUGCCAAUCAAUGGAUAGCAUAUGCAGAUCUAGAGCUAGGACAUGGCCACUUCCCAGAAGUUGAACAGAUCUUUUCCCGCUGUUUACGAUCAUCGGUCUCAGUCGAACUAUGGGCCUUCUACUUGAAUUAUAUCCGCAGAGUCAACCCGGUCGAGGGGGAUAAGGCUGCCGCCUCACGUGCUAUCAUCAUCUCUGCUUACGACUUUAGUCUCAAUCAUGUCGGCAUUGAUCGGGAGUCUGGGCAGAUUUGGCUGGACUAUAUCAACAUUGUUAAAGCCGGUGAGGCUGCAGGUACUUGGCAGGAACAACAAAAGAUGGACUCCCUACGCAAACUUUACCAACGCGCCGUCUGCAUUCCGCUGGAUAACAUCGAACAGAUAUGGAAAGAGUAUGAUAGUUUUGAACAUCAAAUGAGCAAAAUGACUGCCAAGAAGUUUCUAGCCGACAAAUCGGCACAGUACAUGAUGGCGCGUGGGGCACUCAAGGAAAUGAAGAACCUGACUCAUUCCUUACUGCGUCCGAGAGUACCGGUCAAACCAAAUUGGAAAAGAAUUAAUGAUCAUAAACAGAUUGCUCAAUGGAAAACCUAUCUUGCUUGGGAAGAGAAGAAUCCACUGGAGAUUUCAGAUAAAAACCUGCUGAAUACUCGGAUCCAGUACGCCUAUCGACAGGCUAUCAUGCACAUGCGUUUCUAUCCCGAGAUUUGGUAUCUCGCAGCUAACCACUUACAACAGAACGACAAGGCUGAAGAAGCACUGGCAGUUUUACAAGCUGGCUUAACAGCAAAUCCCACAAGCAUUGUAUUGACUUACGCAAUUGUCGAAGCACAAGAAAAUCUGAAAAACUACCCAGCUUGUUAUGCGGCAUUUGAUUCACUGAUCCAAUACUAUCAUUCAGAGAUAGACGAGAUCAACAAGACGAUCGAGAAGGAGAUCGCAAAUGGGAUUCCGAUCAUCGAGUCCAAAACUGCAAAUCCAACCAGUUUACCAGAUGGAGAAGCUGAUCAGGAGUUAACCGAGGAAGAAAAACUGCGGGCUAAGGAAGAAGAACAACUCCGAACAAACAUCACCGCACUAUACAAGCCCAAGAUUGAUGAAUUUCGAGAAGCGGCUGCCAGUGUUUGGAUAACAGAGAUGCGCUUUGCACGCCGAACCGAGGGGAUCAAACCAGCUCGAGCGGUCUUCACUCGGGCACGUAAAUCACCCUACAUCACCAGCCAUGUUUUUGAAGCAUCGGCUAUGAUGGAAUAUCACUGGAAUAAAGAGGCUGCAGUGGCCACGAAGGUUUUUGACCUCGGCCUCAAAACAUUCAGCGAAGAUGUCAAUUACGUGCUUCAAUAUCUCAACUUUUUGAUCACCUUGAAUGAUGAUAGUAAUGCUCGCGCUCUAUUUGAGAAAACCGUCUCGAAAAUCUCCCCUGAAUCCGCCCGUCCCCUCUGGCGUAGAUGGGCCUCGUAUGAAUUCAUUUAUGGUGACAAAGCUGCCAGUGAAAAGUUGAACUCAAGAGUGGCUGAGAUCUUUCCGGACUGGGGUGUUGUAGAGCGUUUAUCAGAUAGGCAUGUCUAUGCUGAUCUUGGAGACGUCUUGGGACGAGAGUUAGGAACGGCGAUCGAGCCGAUCCCGCUCCGGAACCGAUCGCCAUCCCCAUUCUCAGGGCAUCAGGAAGGCUUUGGGUUUAAGCGGGGCGGCGGGGGAGGGCACGAGCCAGGCCACCAUCCAGGCGGAAUUCCGUCGGGUCCGGCCGCGUACCGAAAUCGGCAACAACAGCACCACCAACGUGAACGGAGUUUCUCACCAGACUUCCGGCCCAAGCGGCCCCGUGGCCAGCGCUCGUCCAUCUCCCCCGACCGUCGUAACGGCCCCCCCUCUGCCGGUGCUGCAGUCCCUCCUUCCGCCAACGAUCUUGCCUCUAACCCUUCUACUAAACGCGGACGCGAGAAUUACGAUAACAAUCCGAAACGCAAUCGUUUUUCUAGCCCCCCCUCAAGGAGUAGAGAAAGCCCUCCACCACAGGCUCCGAACCCUUACGCUUGGUUCCCCGAAGGCUUGCGAUACUUCCUCAGUAUCUUGCCUCUGGCUACAAGCUUUGAAGGCCCUCGACUAGAUACCAAUACCGUUCUUCAAGUCCUCAGCGAAGCGACGAUCCCAGUCAGUCCAAGCGCGCCAAAGACCAAUGUCGGUGGAGCUCCACAUGGGCCCAGCAAUGUGUCUGGUUGGGGUCCUAAUCGGGGCGGCGGUAAUGGUACAUCGGGGAGAGCCAAUCAUAACUCUGGCCGUCGUGGAAGACGGAAGUAA